AUGGCUCGGAUGGCGUACAAAGCCGAUUAUUUGGUGCGGAUCGAAGAUAACAACAGAACAGAGGUCACCCGCCAGAAAUUUCCCAAGAAACGGACGAGUCCACUUAUUGGAUUAAAGCGGCACGAGUUUCAAGGUAAACCAGGGACCAGAAAGACGUUCGGUCUGUGCGGGAAACAGGGUACGGCAACAUCCAAGGGGAGGAAUACAAAAACGACUGCGGUAGGACCACAGUCAGGUGAACGGGUCGCUACAAAAGGAGCAGACGGAUGUUUUGGCCAAUCCCGAGGGAAAUGA